GACACCACAUAGAUCAGUUACAACACACCUCUUCUGAAUCGCGGCAUAUAUCUUUUGUAUACGAUUUAUUGUGUCGGGGUUUUUGAAUGUGAGUGUACGCUACUUGUGUGUUUGGUGAUUGUUGUGACAUCAUCCGUAGCAGACAACAUAAAUUCAAGUGGAUAUGUAUUUGACGGUUUGACGGUUGAACAUAAAAAAAAGAUUUAAUUGUUUUGAUUGAAAAAUUACUUCCUGAACAGUAUAAUAUUAUUGUUAGAAUAUUGUGUUUAGUAGAUCAAUUUUCAAAGGUCAAAUCAUGUUUGUUUUGUUAAAUAAGAUGACCAUACAACUUUACUUUCUAAUUUUACUAUUAUGUAUCACAAUAACACAAUGCACAGUACUUGUAGCCGAUUUAACAAUGUCUCGAAUGAUUGAAUUAAAUGCGAAACCUCCAUUUUGUACUUUUCACAGUGAAAGAGGUACAAUACAACGAAUGCUUUUAGCAUCCGAUCAACGCCGAGUCCGACAAAUGUCGAAUAAUGCGAUAUCACUUUUAGAGGAGAUAUGUCGAAAUAAUAAAGUAACAUCAAUGCAUCAGGGUGGUUUUAUUUAUCCAGGCACGAAAUGGUGUGGCCCAGGCGAUGUUGCAAAAAAUUAUACAGAUCUAGGAUACAAUAAAGCAGAGGAUGUUUGCUGCCGCGAACACGAUCAUUGCCCAAAUAUAAUUAAAAGUGGCGAAUGUAAAAAUGGUAUUUGUAAUACAUCGCAUUUUACAAGGUCACAUUGUGAUUGCGACGCAAGAUUUCGUCGAUGUUUGCAGAGUUUAAAUACAGAAGUAGCGAAUACCUUAGGCGCUGUAUUCUUUAAUGUAGUUCAAGUUACUUGUUUUAAAGAGCGUCGGCCAUGUUCACAAUGGCAAAGAAAUGGUUACAAUAAGAAUGAAUCUGAUAUUUUAUGCGCACAAUGGAAAUAUCGGCCAUCGGAAAAAUACAUUCCAUUAAUGCCUUUACCAUAUAUGAAGUAAACAAAAAAUUAUGGUACGUUUUCGCUGCGUAAAAUUUUGUGUAAAAAUGAUUCUGAAAUCAAGUUGGAUGCAGUACCUGGUAAAUCUCUCUCAGCUCUGGUGCGAAGAACGCAAAAGUUCAGAACCUUUUAAUUCAAUAUAUUGUCCUACUCCUGAAUUAAAAUUAAGCAAAAUGGCAGGUCCAUUUCGAAGAAAUAAAUUGAAUUAUAAUCAAUUAUAUCUAAAUUAUUUUGUUAAGCUAUUAAGAAUUAUUUCAACAAGAACAGUCGUAGUAAACAAAUCUAAAAUGCAAAUCAAUUUUAAUCGCCCUUUCGACAGUUUUAGUUCAUCCUUACUUGACGCAGAAUGUUUUGCAAUUCUACUGGUCUAUUGUUUUCUAAAAUAUGAUUUGAGAUAUUUUUAUCGCUUAAAUAGAAAAAUUGCUAAAACUCAUAGCAAUAUAAAUGAAAGUGUAUGGUCAAAAGUGUUUCGAUUUUUUAUGCAUUCUUGGCUUCCAGGCACUCUUAACCAUACAUCAGAUUGGGUUUUAGCAAGUUUUUUGUUUCUUUGUCGACAAAAUUAUCAAAAUCAUGUACAGGGUGGCUCUUUAAGUUGAAAUAUGCUUGAAACUCGAUAAAUAAAUUUAAUCGAGGAAAAUUCUUCAAACGAAAAAUAUUAAUUUCAAGGGUACACAUCUUCUACAGAUAUUGAAUUCAAUCCAAGUUUCUUUGCUCAAUUAAAAUCUUCCUCUAAUUCAUAACUGGCAAACAUUAGACGAACACUUUAAAUAAAAAACUUGUUCUCUAUAAAAAGGCAAACAUUUUUUGCUUGAAACAUUCUUUUGUAAAUCGAAAAGUUUAGAUAGUAAUUGAUAGCAAAAAGACCUUAUAAGAAACUACAUAGCGUAGCUUUUAGCUCGCUUUUUCAUUAAAUUUGAACAAAAAUGGUCUUCAAAAGAAAAACAAGCCACUUUUAUUGGAAAUUUUUUAUCGCAGAUGACAUACGAAAAACAAUUCAUGAGAAAAAAUUUUCAGUCCGCUUUUGUCUGAACUGUAAGGUUUGCGAAAAAAUGUUUCGAACAAAAAAAUGUUACUGUUUGAAUCAAUAACAACUUUCUAAUAAUGUUCAUUUAUCUGUUACCAGUUAUGGAGUAAACUGAUCUGUUUGCAUUGAGGUUGAAAACUUAGGUGAAGUUUAACACUUUUUGCUUGAAGCAUUUUCAUCGAUGAAUUUUAUUUUUCCUGUUUCAAACAUUUGUCAACUUAAUAAAGACACCCAGUAAAUACAGAGGCUUAAAACUGUUGUACGGAAAUGAAAUCCGCUGCGUUAAGAAAGGGUAGAUUUGUUUUCUUAGUAGAUUCUUUAGCUUAGAAAAAAUUUAAAGUGUUUGGUUUUAUAGUGUAAAAUCAUAAAAAUUUAAAAACUUUACGCGUGAAUUAGUCAAACUAAAUUU